UCGACCCGCAAAACUUGCAAAAUGAAUCGUCACAGUUUGAUCCUUUCUGAUGAACAACGGGAGGACCUGGUAUCAGCGAUCCCUUCGCUAGAAAACAAUGGCUUUGUUAACCUUUCGGACCUGAAGGAGGCUCUUGAUCUCGUCGGCGUUAAGAUGCCUCAAUGGCAAAUUCGCAAUCUCACCGAGGACAUGUCCAAAGAGGGGAAAUUAAAGGAUCCAUCAAAAUUAAGUUUCGAAGAGUUCCAAAAGUUAUACACGGACUUGCGUUCAAAGGACGAAAGUGUUCACUUCAAAAAGGCGAUUCAAAAAAAUGAAAAAGUGAAGACCAUUGGAGGAUCAUCAAACGCCUCAUCUGAAGGAACGACACAUUCGGUACGAUUCGAAGAGGAGUUUGCCUUCGCGUCGUGGAUGAAUCGGGAACUGGGCGGAGAUCCCGACCUUGUCAAGAUUCUGCCUAUCAAUGAACAAGAUGGAUCCCUCUACGAAAAGAUGAAGGAUGGAAUUUUGCUAUGCAAAAUGAUCAACAAAUCAUGCCCAGACACGAUUGACGAGAGGGCCAUCAAUAAGAAAAACCUUUCCGUUUAUACUAAGCAUGAAAACUUGACGUUAGCGCUCAACUCCGCGCAGGCCAUUGGAUGCUAUAUCAUCAACAUUGACGCACACGACCUCAGCAAAGGAGUGAAGCACCUUGUACUUGCCCUUCUAUGGCAAAUCAUUAAGAUCGGUUUAUUCAGCACCAUAUCACUGGUUCAGUGCCCGGGCCUGGUCGCUCUUCUUGAGGACGGCGAAGAGAUCGCAGAGCUCAAUAAGCUUUCGCAGGAAAGCAUCCUGCUGCGUUGGGUGAAUCAUCACCUUGCCAAGAGCCAGUGCAACCGCAAGAUGACCAAUUUCACAUCGGACAUCAAAGAUUCCGAGAUCUACACGUACCUGUUGCAGCAGAUCGCCCCACAGACUGCCGGUGUUCAUGUGCACGCUAUGACUGAGCCUGACUUAGUGAAAAGAGCUGAUAUCAUGCUUGACCAAGCUGAUAAACUGGGCUGCCGUCAGUUCGUUUCACCCAAGGACGUUGUCGAGGGAAAUAACAAAUUGAACAUGCUCUUCCUCGCCAACUUGUUUAAUAACCACCCGGCCCUAGACAAGCCCGAGGGUCCACUCGAACUCGAUGACAUCGAGGAAUCUCGCGAAGAAAAGACGUGCAGAAACUGGAUGAACUCAAUGGGCGUCUCGCCGUACGUCAAUUGGCUCUAUUCCGACCUUGCGGAUGGUCUCAUCAUCUUCCAAUUGUUUGACAUCAUCAGGCCGAGGGUUGUCAAUUGGCAGCGCGUGCAUCGUACGUUUAGCAAACUCAAGGGCUUUAUGGAGAAACUAGAAAAUUGCAAUUAUGCCGUUGAAUUGGCCGUUAAAGAAUUCCGGUUCUCGUUAGUCGGCGUUGCGGGUCAGGACAUCAACGAUGGAAAUGCAACACUGACGCUAGCAGUCGUCUGGCAGCUGAUGCGCGCCUACACUCUAAAUCUGCUGUCCAAAUGUAAAGGUACUGGACAGCCAGUAGUUGAAAAAGAAAUCGUAGAAUGGGUCAACGCAAAGCUGGCCGCAGCAGGAAAGGAAAGCCGAAUCGGGUCGUUCCAGGAUCAGGCUAUCGCCACUUCACGGCCCGUGCUCGAUCUUGUGGACGCCAUCACACCCGGUGCAAUUAACUAUUCACAGGUAAAACCUGGCGACAACGAGGAGGAACGGCUAGGCAAUGCUAAAUAUGCAAUUUCGAUUGCUCGUAAGACUGGAGCUCGAAUUUACGCUUUGCCAGAAGAUAUUGCCGAGGUUAAGCCGAAAAUGGUCAUGACGGUGUUCGCCUGUCUAAUGGCUCGCGAUUACGUACCCAACAUGGGCGCCAAGGAGUAAGCAGCCUUACGUCAGCUCCCAUCGUACAGCUGCCGCUGUUGUUGCUUUCCUGGUUUUAGGAAGGUGUCUGGAGAAGACAGGGCGACUAUCUGCUAUGCCUGUAGACCGCAACGGUGGAAAAUAUCGUAAUUAUUAUCAUUAUUACUAAUUAUCAAUCCUUGCCGUUAUUUCCCGCUUGCAGCUGUGAUGGCAUGAUGAAGGCCUGACCAUCAAUAAUGCAAACCCCCAUGAUUUUCUAAUGCCAUGACGAACAUUAAUAUUCACUAGAGAAUGAAAGUCUUCACAUCCGCAAGGCCGUGUCGAAUCCCCGAACGUUGCCAAUACCUGCACACCGACAGACACACAAAGGGACGGACAGACACAUAGAAUAAUGAACGGGGUAUGCUAUUGCUGAUGUACUAUUGUAAUAAUAAUAAUACGACUCUAGAGGAGGUCCAAGAGAUGCAAAUGAAGCCUAGAUUAGGUCACUCUACGGGAGUCCACACAGGCCUUUGGGCGAAGGAACUUCAACUAUAAUCGAUCAAUCGAUAGUUCGAUCGAUAUGCGAAUAAAUAGAUAGGUUGUAAGUUAACAAGACAGGAAUAUUGAACUACGGAGAGACAGAGACAGACAAACAGACACAUAGAGAGAGAGAGAGAGAUACGUGAAGGUAGAGAAAAAAAAGUGCCACUGAAAACGCGGAUACGUCACUCAAUUAAGGUCUCUCCCUAAAUAACUGGUUACGGUGAAAUAUUGCAGAUGUACGCCACAGUAGCAUAUUGAUCGGCCCAUAUAAUAACAACAAUCAGAAGUAAGUGAUGAGAUCAAAUACGAUCAGAUUGUAAAUGGCCGUAGAAGCAGUAUGCGCGUAAUUUUGUUGAUUGUAGUGAUGAUGGCACAAAAUGCAUUGGGGUGACGAAAACAUAGUAGCUUCAUGGCAAGUUGGCUUCAUUUUCGAAUGAAACAGCACCAUUCUGAUUCGUUUUAUGAAUCAAUAUUAUAUUGAUUUUUACGACGUCGUGAAUAUGUGUGCCCAUGGUAAUAAAAAGCAAUCGAUGAACUGACAGAGCUUUUUUUGGCUUUGCUCAGACGUAUCAGUUAUGACCAUUUCAUAACGUUUGCGGACCCUUCCCCCCUGAAGAAAAAACAAAGCAUAAUUAUCCUCAAUGACUACGAUAGAAUAAGACAAUGUCAAGAAAAUUUGGUUCCUGUGGCUCAAAUCAACCUAUUCCAAUUGUCAAUAGGGUGCUUGGUACACAGGCAUGCAACACAGCUGUAAGCAGGUGAUAGUAGUAACAUGUGGCGGGGAGAACUUGCAAAUUGUUCUUGCCACUAAACGAUACGUGGCGGAGGAUGUUGAUGCUGUGAGUCGAUCGUUACGAGUGAAUGACUGAUCUACGUGCACGCUAUGACGGAAGAAGAUCUAAAGGUAGCAUAUUAAUGCAUACAAGACAGGUUACGCACGUUAGCAUUGUAGAAGUCAGCGAUAUUUUCAGUCCCGGUGAAUCAUCGUGUUGACGAAGAAACACGCAUGUAUGGAUAUAGAAAGACGUGCGGAACAUUCGAUACGUACAUAAUACAAUUCCAUUAUUGUACUGUUCAUAAUCUGAAUGAUACUGGAUGUAAAGGUCGGAUUCGAAAUCGCGCAUCGCUUUAGGAUUUCGGGAAAGAGUGAACGCAGACUCAAUGCAAAGUGAUCGCGUAAGUGUAGACAAAAUGUGAAUCGUCAAAAUAUGCGACAAAGGCAGAACGUCGGCAAAGACUUGAACGGUAAAAUUUGGCCCCAUGCCGACAGGCGAAUAUAAAUGCGGAGAAAAAAUACAAUCCUGUAAUAUAUUUAGGUGUGUAAUAGCAGAGGCGGUAUCGUCGUUUAUUUUUGUACGUUGUCCUUGAGCAGGAGAGAAGUAAGCGGACAUUUUUUACAAUGGUUAUAUUAUUAUCGUUAUGAUUACUGACAUCAUUCGAAUAUCACCAAUCAGCGAUGGGAUAAAUCAGGAAACAAAUGCUUUUCACCAUGUGACGACGAAUUACAUUGGAUUUGAUGACUAAUUCAUUAAUGGUUAUUGUUAUUAUUGCAAAAAGCAACUUCAUAAUCACACUAGCCUAGCCGUACAUUUAAAAAUUACGUCCUCAUAUAUUUAAAACAAAUACGUAUCUAUACAAAAGCAUUGCACUGGCAUUCCAACCUUUCGAUUGAAGCUGUGUGUGUCUGCAUGUAUAACGAAGUGAGUAAACUAAAAACAAUAAGGGAAGCAAAAUAAUUAGCAUAGAAAUGGAAUGUACUAUCAAACGUUAAAACUGAAGUCAAGAUGAUUUUUGCUCCCAGUGAAGGAUCUAACACCUUUCAUGUGCGCCUACGUUGAAUCACUGUAUUCUGCGCAUUAAAUAGACGCGUAAGUUAAGACGUCCACAAGCUUCCAACUAGCGUCGAAAUUAUUUCGUCUGCUCUGGUGCGCGCCAUUUUUAAUGAUCUGCAUUUCUGUUGAUGCUCUCGAUUCUACGCAGUAUUAUGGACUAGACGAGGAUAAUUUCGUAUUGGAGAACUGUUGCAAAUUCGCAACAUGAUAUUUUUAGUAUAUCCAUAUUAUUGAACCUCGUCAUUCUGUUAAUAGAAGCAUAUGCAUGCAGUGAAGAAAUUUGGCAGCAUAUGUCAUAAUCGAAUAUAGAUGUCAUCUGCAAAGUGGACAAUGCGAUGUGAUUAAUAUUAUUAAGAUACAAACGUGUAGAAAGUAAAUAAAAAGUAGAAAAAUGAGGUAGUUGACAAUUGGCGAUAACAACAAUAACAACAAACGCCAAAAAUGAUGCCGCCGAAUUAUAAACAGAAGAUAAUUUUCUACUCAUUCCAUUUUUAUUCCAUUCUGAUUCCCUUUUUAGUUAUUGGUAACAUCAAAACGUCUACACCAAUAGGGUCAAAGGAACAUUCGUUUUACACGAGCGCAGUUACUGCCUUUAGGUGACCAUGUGCUGAUUUUUGAUGUCGGUUACAACUGUUACUGGCAUUGAAAAAAUGCUAGCAUCCUUCCCAAGCAAAGCAGAAGCAAAUAAUUUUGGAGCGAAUCAAACAAACAUUAAAUUAAGUAAUUAUUAUAAUUAAUGAAUCGGCUUUAUAUACAUGCAUAUGAAAGCGAUGAUAUAAUCGUUUGUUCAACGAGUUAAUCAAUGCACAUAUUAACCAAUUGGCGCCGCUGGGGACUAAGACAGCUACCAGCUUCUUCCAGUUGAUUGCGUGCCUUUACAUAAUCUAUUCCAAAACAAAUUGCCAAGCAAAUCUUUAUAUAGAGUAUAUUAUUAUGUAUCGAUAACAAACAGGCGCCCUAAAUAUUUCCGUUCUUCCAGGAUAACACUAAUAAUAACAAUAAUGAUCACACUGAAAGUCAACAUGUAAUGAGCAGGAAGUCGCUAAUAACAAUAUUAAUACAUUGCUAUUACAAGCUCAUUGUUCUUAAAUAGGCACCCACCGGCACAGAGAUAAUGGCAGAAAACUACCAGAAAAACAAAUGAAAUUUCGGUAAAGAAGUACCAUUUGAAGAAAAGAUCAUAUGUGCUAUUGAAUAUUUUUAGACUCUCUCUGCUACUUAUGUUGAUGCUCUGCACCGUUUUCGUUUGGUUUUUGGCACCCAUUUCCCUCAAUUGUUAUUUAUAUACAUAUACAUAUACAUACAUAUAUAUAUAUAUAUAUAUAUAUAUAUA